UGGUCUUCGAGACAUCAUUAAAACAAACUCAUUCAUUCAUUCAUCGAGAAGGAAAUGUCCAAUAUCUUUGAAAAAGAAAUGUCCUAUAUCUUUGAAAAACUGAAAGUGCAUUUGAUUUGCUGUCCUGCUUUUGAUCUGUAAUACGGCAGAAUAAAUAACGACACCAUCUGUUCGAUGUCAAUCAUGCAAUGUCAACAAAUGCCCUUUCGAAGGUAAGCAAAUUCACUCUUACAUCAAUGGCAGAAGGCUUACAUUUGCAAGGCACACACUUUUACAGAAUAAGCUUAUUAACAUGUAUGGCAAAUGCGGAAGUUUGGUGGGUGCUCGCAAAGUUUUGGACCACUUGACUGAACCCAACAUUUUCUCAUGGAAUAUAGUAAUUUCAGCUUACCGAAGUCUUGGCUUUCCUCAAGAGGCAUUGCAGUUGUUUACCCAAAUGCAGCGGCAAGCAUGUAUUCAGUCUGACCACUUCACUUUCUCUACUAUUAUCCCUGUGUGUGCCAAUUUGGCAUCUGUAAAACACGGUUUGCAGAUCCAUGGAAAAAUCAUCAGGUGUGGGUUUCAAUGUGAAGUUAUUGUGAUGAUCACCCUGGUAGAUAUGUAUGCAAAAUGUGGAAGAAUGGAAAAGGCGCGCGAAUUGUUUGACAAAAUGCAUAGUACAGACGUGGUCUCAUGCACUGUGAUGAUUAUGGGAUAUGCGCAGAAUGGUGUUCUUGACAAGGCGCUGAGGCUUUUCUAUAAAGUUCCAAAUCGAGAUGUGGCCUUAUGGACUGCUAUGAUUACAGCAUGUGUGCAAAAUGGUGCUCUUGACUUGGCUUUGAAGUUUUUCGAAGAAAUGCCUCAGCGGAAUGUGGUUUCAUGGACUGCAAUCAUUUCUGGAUAUGUGCAAAACGGGUAUUCUGAAAAAGCAUUGGAGAUAUUUAACCAAGUGUAAUUGGCAGGCGUAGAGCCAACCUCGGCAACUUUUGCCAGUAUCCUCCCUGUUUGUGCCAAGAUGGGAGAUUUGGAACAGGGUAUGGAAAACCACCAAAAAAUUAUUGAAUGCAACCUUUUGUCAGAUGAUGUUGUUUUGACUGGCCUGAUAGAUAUGUAUGCGAAAUGUCGAAGCAUGCAGAGGGCACUUAGUUUGUUUGAGAAAAUGUCUAAACCAGAUGCUGCCUCAUGGACCGCAAUCAUUACUGGAUAUAUGCAAAAUGGAUUUGUUGAUAAAGCCCUAGAGUUUUAUAAGCAAAUGCAAUUGGCAGGUGUAGAGCCGGACUCGUCAACAUUUGCAAGCAAACUCCCAGCUUAUGCGAGCACGGGAGAUUUGGAACAGGGUAAGAAAAUCCAUCAAAAACUAAUUGAAAGUGGAAUUUUUAUCAGACAUGGUAGUGACUGCACUGAUCGACAUGUAUGCAAAAUGUGGGAGUAUACAGAAAGCUAAUGAAUUGCUUGACAAGCUGCCUAAAUGGGAUUUGAUCACCUCAAAUGCAAUGAUUGUAGGAUAUGUACAAAAUGGGCUUCUUGAUCAAGGCUUUGAGCUUUUUAAGAAAAUGCAAUUAGUGGGUGUAAAGCCAGACCGUUUGCCAGCAUCCUCCCAACUUGUGCCAAACUUGGAGCUCUUGAGAAAGAAUGGAUACAAAAUGUUUGACAAUAUGCCUCAACGUGAUGUGGCCUCGUGGAAUGAUAUACACAGAAUGGACUUGCUGAUAAAACCUUGAAGAUGUUUAAGCAAAUGCAAUUCGUAGGUGUCAAGCUAGACACGUCAACCUUUGCCAGUAUUCUCUCCGCAUGUGCCAAGCUUGGAGUUUUGGAACAGGGGUGGAGAUCCAUCAAAAAAAAUCGAUAGUAGAUGUUUGUCUGAUAUCGUUGUGACUGCCUUGAUAGACAUGUAUGGAAAAUGUGGAAGUAUACAGAAGGUACGAGAAUUGUUUGACAAAAUGCAACAUCCAGGCGCAGUCUCCUGGAAUGUAAUGAUCGCAGGAUAUGCAAUGCAUGGCUACAACAAACACGGCCUCAAUCUCUUUGAACAGAUGAACUACUUUGGAACCAAACCUGACCCUGUAAGCUUCAUCUGUGUUUUAUUUGCAUGCAGCCAUGCCGGUCUAGUGGACGAUGGCUGUAAAUACUUCAAUGGCAUGAGUACAUUUUAUUCCAUCAUACCUAGAAUGGAUCAUUAUGUAUGUAUGGUUGACCUUCUUGGCCGUGCUGGCUAUCUCGUGGAAGCCUUCUACUUUGUCAUCAAAAUGCCAUUAAAACUUGACAUGGUUGUAUGGAUGUGUUUGCUUGGUGCUUGUAGAUCACAUAAGAAUAUUGGGCUAGGAGAAUUUGUGGCUAGACUCCUUUUUGAGUUGGAUACUAAAAAUGCUGCUCCUUAUGUUCUUCUCUCAAACAUCUCUGCAGAAGCAGACAGGUGGGAUGAUGUUCAUAAGGUAAGGAAAUUAAUGAUAGAUAGAGGAAUUGAAAAGCUACCUGGAUGUAGUUGGAUUGAAGUCCAUACAAUGGUACAUGUUUUCUGUGUAGGUGACAAAUCACACCCACAAACACAGGAGAUCUAUAUAAAGCUGGAUAAAUUGUUGCGGGAGAUAAAGGGAGCAGGGUAUGUUCCAGAUACAAGAUUUGUAUUGAAUGACGUGGAGGAAGAGGAGAAGGAAUUUAUCCUCUGCCACCAUAGUGAGAGGUUGGCAAUUGCAUUUGGGUUGUUGAAAUCACCACCUGGAACUACUAUCAGAGUUGUCAAGAACCUUCGAGUAUGUGGGGAUUGCCACAUUGCGACUAAGUUCAUCUCCAAGGUUGCUGCAAGAGAAAUUCUUGUGAGGGAUGCAAACCGCUUCCAUCUUUUUAAGCACGGCCAAUGUUCCUGUGGAGAUUUGUGGAGAUUACUGGUGAUUAUGAGGAAACAAGCUGCACACGCAAGCAUGCUGUAGAACGAGGUGCAUGGUUUCAAACUUGCAAUGGUAUUGAAGAGGUAGAUCAUGAUUCAUAGUACCAUCAAGGAAGUACCUCUCCAACUUUGGACUGAUAAGCUGGACGGUAACGCAUAGGAAAGGGAAAUGCAAGAGAGGAAUACUUUAAGGGCCAGCAUGGAAUUCGAGGGAACUUACAAUCAACCCAAUGCUUGGAUUUGACACAGAGAGCUUCACUUUAUUCUUGUUGGAUUAUUCUAUUAUCCUUUUCUUAUGUCAGGUCUGCUAUCCGGGCCUAAAUUAUAUGUGCCAAAUUAUAAAUGCAUGUCCACAUGUUUGCAUUGAUUUUGUGAAUUUUAUGGCCACAAUGCAAACACAUUUUGCAAGCGUCAAGUUAGAUCUUAUCCUAGCCAGGUUAAUGGGUAAGGUUGUUCAAAUAUUGUUAUUGGAAAUUCUUUAGGGAGAGGAGUAACUUCUUGGACUUGCAAAGAUGCCAUAUAUAAUCUAAAUGCGAUUCCCCUCAAAAUCACAAUCUUGCAAUAUGGCCCUUUAAAAAUCAUAAUGAGCUUGUAAAUGUCAUUGUUAUACAUUUUUCACUCAGUUAUAAAUGCACAUUUAGGGUCUUUAUAUAUCAUUUA